AUGGCUCCUGAUCUCAUUCGUGAUAGCGUCGCUGGAAACUUGAUCAAUUGGCUUUCCAAUGGUAAACUCUUACCAUAUCCUGAACAACGUCCUGACUUUGUUGUUCCUGAUAAAUAUCUGACAGACCCACCUCAAGUCUUGCAAGAAAAAUUGGCCUCCUUAUCUCCAACUGCCUCUUUAGAACAACCUUCCCCAGCCCUUUUCACAACCAGAAGUCAAGAAUCUCCUUCAAUCUCAAGUAGUUCACUACGUAAAGAAGAAGAAGAAUCUCCUAGAGUCUACGAAGCUGUGGAUGAAGAACGAGAUCUAGGUAUUUUGCCACAAAAAUCGCUUGAUCCUCUGGCCCAACCAGAUGAUUCCAGAAGUAUUGACCAUGGCCAAUUUAUUGUGGUUGAUUGGUAUGACCUCAAUGACCCUGAUAACCCACAAAACUGGUCAAAACUUAAGAAAUGCUGGAUCAUCUUUGGCAUUGCUUUCCUCACAGUUUGCAUGUACAUGGGCUCUUCAAUCUACGUUUCCGGUGCCCCAGAAAUGAUGAAAGAACUCAAUACUACCCGUGUCAUGGUCACCCUUCCUCUAACAACUUUCAUCAUUGGCUAUGGCGUGGCUCCAAUGGUUCUCUCACCACUCUCUGAACAUCCCCCAAUGGGUCGCACCUUGCUCUACAUUCUAUCUGUCGCCUUCUUCUGUGUUAUUCAAGUCCCAACCGCUCUUGGUAACACCAUUGAAAAAAUUAUUGGCUUAAGAUUGCUUGCUGGAAUGGCUGCUUCUCCUUCACUUUCCACAGGUGGUGCUACUAUAGGUGAUAUUGUUUCCUUCGAUCAUCUCCCCGCUGCUCUUGUCUUUUGGGCAGCUGGUGCACUUGGUGGUCCAGCACUAGGCCCCUUUAUUGGCUCUCUUUUUGUAGUCAAGGUGGAUUGGCGAUGGACUUUUUGGUUCUUGUGCAUCAUUUCUGGAUUCUUACUCUUGGUCAUUUCCUUCCUACUUCCAGAAACAAAUCACGCAACAAUUCUUCACCGCAGAGCUCAAAGAUUGCGCAACCUGACUGGAAACCAAGCAAUUCGCUCCCCUUAUGAGGUCCAAGAAAAACAACCCUUUUGGGAAUUCAUCAAGGAAACUCUUUGGCGUCCAAUCUUCAUUGCCUUUUUCGAGCCUAUUGUCCUUGCCCUCAAUAUCUACAUUGCCUUCAUCUACAUUAUCCUCAACUCAUGGUUCGAAUCUUUGCCUAUUGUUUUUAAUGAAUUUUACCAUUUCACAACCAUUGAGGGUGGUCUCGUUUAUAUCGCCGUACUUGUUGGUGGCUAUCUUGGUGGAAUUUGCUACCUCUUUUUCAUCAACCGCAUCAUCAAAUCAGAACACCCAGCUAUUGAAAAGUUUUUAAUUCCAGCAAUGGUUGGCUCAUUUUUCCUACCUACUGCACUUUUCAUCUUUUCCUGGGGGUCUUCUUCUCACUCCCAUUGGAUUGCACCUGUGAUUAGUAUUGCCAUUUUCACUUUUGGUGCUCUCUUCAUUUUCCAAUCUACUUUUGCCUACCUUGGCCGUGGCUUUUACCGUUUCUUGGCUUCCGUCUUUGCAGGUAACUGUCUCAUGCGCUCUGUCUUUGCCUCCAUUUUCCCCAUAUUUACACCACCAAUGUAUAAUAACCUGGCCAUUAAGGACUACCCGGUAGCCUGGGGAGGUACCAUUUGGGCAUGCAUUGGUGUUAUUAUGAUUGCCAUUCCAUUCACCAUUUAUCACUUUGGCGUCCAGCUCCGUGGUCGCUCAAAGUAUGCUAAUUAA